CAGCCUGAGGACCAUAGUAAAGACUCCCAGUAUGCAGGUCGUGUUCAGCUCCUUAAAACAGAGAGAGGACGCUCCACUCUGAGAAUCUCUGACCUGAGAGAGAGCGAUUCAGCCCAGUAUCACUUCACAUUCAAAACACAAAGCUUUGAAUGGAGGAGUAGUUUACCUGGAACAACUCUGACUGUCACAGCUCUCCAGGUGCAGGUGAUCCCAAUAACAGUCCAUCAGUCUCAUAUGGAGGCAGAGCUGAAAUGUCUCAGCAGCUGCAGUCCAGCAGGUCGUAUUUCGUACGUCUGGUUCAAUAACGGAGAGAAAAUGAUGAAUGAGGAAACUUAUCUUUAUUCAGGGCAGUUUAAUCCUGGUGACAACAUCUCCUGUGCUUUGAAAGGACAUGAGGAUUACCGCUCUCCUUCAGUCUAUGCUCCAAAGCUUCCCUCUGUGUCAGUGAGUCCCUCUGGUGAAAUCAUUGAGGGACGUUCAGUGAAUCUGACCUGUAGCAGUGAUGCUAACCCAGCAGCUAAUUACACCUGGUACAAGAAGAAUGAAGACUCACCUAAAGCAUCAGGACAGAUCUUCACCAUCACUGAUGUCAGACCUGAACACAGUGGGAAUUAUUACUGUGAAGCCCAGAACAAGAUAGGAAGUCAUAACUCCACCUUACAUCUGAUUGUUGUGACAGAUCCAGGAACAGCAAUAACAAUCGCUGUUGGAGUAACAGCUGCUGUUCUCCUGCCUAUCAUAAUCCUCUCUGUCUUCCUAUGGAUGAGGAAAAAGAGCGCCUCCAAUCAAUCGUCUGAGGCUGAGGAGAGACCAGACGACAGAGAGAGGACACAGCCAGAGCAAGAUAACCUUCUGUACACCAGCGUGCAGUUCUCCAGCAACCAGGCAGAUCCUCUCUACUCCAACAUCAGAUCAGAUCAGCUACACAGACACAUGGAGGAACAAGAGGUUACCGAGUACGCUACUGUUAACUUUAACAGAGCUGCUACUGCCCCGAGAACCAGAGGUCCGGAAACUGGGGAAGAUCCAGCUGCACUGUACAGCACAGUCAACAGAACCUCAUGA